CGAGCAGCUCUUCUUCCAAUUUCUUCUCGCUCGAUCCAGGGAUCGUAGCAAGCAGCAGAGCAGGGUCGAGCAGCAGCAGUGCAGCCGCAGGUCGAGGGCGAGAGCUUCGCGAAGCUUUCUGUAGAGUGAGGAGAAAUGGCGGCAAUGGCAGGAACCGCAGCCGUGCUCGGAAGGUCCGAGAUCCUGGGACAGGGCCUCGUCGCCUCGUCCUCCACCUCCGUCAGGACCUCGUCCCCGUUCCAGGUCGUGGCCCUCUUCAACAAGAAGGGUGCUGCUCCCAAGAAGGCCGCUGGCAAGGUCGCCAAGACCGCACCACCCUCCAACGCCGAGUUGGCCAAGUGGUAUGGCCCUGACAGGAGAAUCUACUUGCCCGAGGGUCUUUUGGACAAGUCUGAUAUCCCCGCGUACUUGACGGGUGAGGUUCCCGGAGAUUACGGAUUCGACCCCUUCGGUCUCUCCAAGAAGCCCGCCGACUUCGACAAGUACCAGGCCUACGAGCUCAUCCACGCCCGUUGGGCCAUGCUCGGAGCAGCUGGAUUCGUCCUCCCCGAGGCCUUCAACAAGUACGGUGCCGUCUGCGGGCCCGAGGCUGUGUGGUUCAAGACCGGAGCUCUUCUGCUCGAAGGAAACACCCUUCAAUACUUCGGUGCCAGCAUCCCAGUGAACCUAGCUGCCGCUGUCAUCGCCGAGGUCAUCCUCGUCGGAGGUGCCGAGUACUACCGAUCCACCAACAAGUCCCCACUCGGAUCUGACCUCGACCGCCUCCACCCCGGUGGCGCAUUCGACCCCUUGGGUCUAGCUAAGGACCCCGACCAGUUCGCCUUGUUGAAGGUGAAGGAGAUCAAGAACGGACGACUGGCCAUGUUCUCCAUGCUCGGAUUCUUCAUCCAGGCGUACGUGACCGGCGAGGGCCCCGUCGAGAACUUGGCCGCUCACUUGAGCGAUCCGUUCGGAAACAAUUUGCUGACAGUUCUGCAAGGAAGCGCCGAGCGCGUUCCUAGCCUGUAGACUACAGAUCAGAUCAAGUUCUGAGAAGAGAGGAAUCUCUUCCAGUGUAUGUCUAUCAGUCGUCGUCUUAUUCUUGGGAUGCGUAGACGAUCCCUUCAAGCUUGUAUAGAAGUUGAAAGUCAACUGCAUUAACGAUCUAGGCCUCCGGUACUCCUUGUAUUUCGUGGUAUCAAAAUUUUAUCUUCCUACCUUCCGCCAUAACGAA